AUACCAUUCGUCUCUCGACGACUUCGACGAUCAAUGAGCAGUAGCACGACGGGCGCUCAGCCAGCACAACGGUCGCGCAUCGGGCUUCUCCUGAGCGCCGCGUUCGGCUUCAGCACAUACAUUGUGACCGUUGCUGUGAUUCUCCACACUGUCGCCUUCCUGCACGCUGGUCCGCCUGCGCCUGGUGGCUCUGCGGCUGGUUCCAAUUCGAACGCUCGGUUUCCCGCGCUCGUCGUCGAUUGCGGAUUGUUAAUCCUGUUCGCCGUCCAGCACUCGGCGAUGGCAACCCAGUGGUUCAAGACUCGGGUUUUGGCUCGGAUCUGCCCGAACAUUGUCGAGCGAUCCGUCUAUGUGCUUGCCAGCUCUGUGUGCUUGGAGGUUGUCCUUCUCAAUUGGCGCUUUGGGUCGAUGGUGUGGGAUGUGUCGCCGCACUUGCGCUUGCCUCUGGAUCUGGCGCACAUUCUGGGCUGGAUUCUCAUCUUUUCGGCGGCCGUGCAGGUCGACUACCUUGAGUUGUUGGGACUGCUUCAAAUCCGAUACGCCUUCAUCAACCGUGAUGCACCGAUCGUCUACCGUUCGCAACGCGUUCAGGCUCUCUAUCGACACAUGCGGCAUCCAAUGCUCAUUGGAGCUUUGCUGGUCCUUCUGUCGACGCCAGUCAUGACCACUGAUCGUCUUCUGCUGGUGGUUGGCUUUGCCGCCUACGAGAUGGCGGCAAGCCGCCUCGAUCACCGCGACGUAGAGUAUGUGCGCCAGCAACUGCUCAAGCAAAAGCGAAAACUUCUUGAUGAAGCACAAGAGGAACAAUAAUAAAUACAGCCAGCAGCCAGGAUUGCAAAAGGCUUUUGCUGUGAGAACAAAAUAUCAAAC